AAAUUGCCCCCUUGCCGCCUCAUUGGCUGCAGGCGCCCCGCCUCCGCAUUUGCGUGGGUUCACGUUAUACGAUUCCCUUAAUUCCUCUCUAAAUCUGAUUCUGAACCGGAAACUGAGGAGGAGUGUCUUUUUGUUAAUACGAUCGCGCAGACUCAAGGUGCCUUUGGAGGCUAGCCACGUGGGUGGCUCUGUUGAUUUGUCCUUGCCUGCCUGUGCCCGAGAGUAUUUCGUGGUUAGGCACCGCUGAGUGGCAGACACACGCGCACGGAGACGCCCCGCUCCGGGGCUCAUCGGAUGGAAGAGCCGGGUGUUCUGAGCGGACUCCGGUCCCGGCUGCUAUUGCCUCGUCGCGCGGGUCGGGCUGCCAGUAGUCUCUGUUGGGUUCUUCCUACCGCCGUGCUCUGCACUUACGGUUUCUUCUCCAGCUUGCGGCCAUCGGAGCCCUUCCUGACCCCCUACCUGUUAGGCCCAGACAAGAACCUCAGCGAGACCCAGAUCUUCAACGAGAUCUACCCAGUAUGGACUUACUCUUACUUGGUGCUGCUGUUCCCUGUUUUCCUGCUAACGGACUAUCUCCGAUACAAGCCUGUAAUCCUUAUACAAGGACUGAGCCUUAUAGUGACAUGGUUUAUGCUCCUUUAUGCCGAAGAACUGCUGGCUUUUCAAUUCCUGGAAUUUUUCUAUGGCAUGGUGACUGCAACAGAAAUUGCCUAUUAUUCCUACCUCUAUAGCAUUGUGGACCUGAACUUGUACCAGAAAGUCACAAGUUACUGUCGAAGUGCUGCCCUUGUGGGUUAUACUGUGGGCUCUGUCACUGGACAGAUCUUGGUGUCUGUUGCUGGUUGGUCACUGUUUAUCUUGAAUGUGGUCUCUCUCACCUCUGUAUCCGUUGCCUUUGCUGUGGCCUGGUUUCUGCCCAUGCCACAGAAAAGCCUUUUUUUCCACCAUGUCUCAAGCAUCCAGGUCAGUAAAGAAACCAAGGCUGUGGAUUGUAUGAAUGGAGCAGUCGUCCAGGAUGGCCCUGCUCUAAAGAGGGCUCCUGGGUGGGAAGAUGUUGAAUCAAAGGUUCCUUUAAAUGUAGAAGAGCAUGCUCCAGAACAGCAGGAGCGGAAAGUGGAUGUUGUGAAGGUAAUCAAAGAGCUCUGGAAGGACUUCUUGCAAUGUUAUUCUUCCCGCACUCUGCUAUGUUGGUCUGUAUGGUGGGCAUUGUCAACAUGUGGCUACUUCCAGAUCUUAAACUACGUUCAAGGCUUGUGGGAAAAGGUGUUACCAUUUCAGAGCUCUGAAAUCUAUAAUGGUGGUGUGGAGGGUGUUGCCACACUCUUGGGAGCUGUGGCUGUGUUUGUUAUGGGACAUGCAAAAGCAACUUGGGCUACUUGGGGUGAGAUAACCUUAGCCCUCUUCUCCUCUGUCAUUGCUGCGGCUGUGUUUGUCAUGGACACCGUUCACAACAUCUGGGUGUGCUACGCCUGCUAUGUAAUAUUCCGAAUGGUCUAUAUGCUAGUCAUCACAAUAGCAACGUUCCAAAUUGCAACAAAUUUAAGUGUAGAGCGUUAUGCCCUAGUGUUUGGUAUCAAUACUUUCAUUGCCCUGGCACUGCAAACUUUGCUCACAUUGAUUGUUGUCGAUGUAAGAGGACUUGGGCUGGAUAUAUUUACACAGUUCAUGAUCUAUGCUGGUUAUUUUGCUGUCAUAUCGAUAGUGUUCUUCAUCAGCGGCACAGUCAGUAUUAUCAAGAACUGUCGGCAGAAGGAGAGGAGAAAUGAGAGUGAAGUGAACACUACUUAAAUCGCAGAGUAUUGACUUGUUCAGCACUUCUAUCAGGAAAGGGGGAAUUGUUUUAAAUAUGCCAGUUUCUAUUUAUUAAUAUGUUCAGAUAUUACUGCUUUGAAACUGUUACCUGAAUUGUACAUGACCUAUAUUUGUACUAUAUUAGUAGCUUAAACUAGAAUGUUUUUAACUACAUCUUAAAGUAGUUCUUAAGAAUAUAUAUAAUGCCUUGUAUGCUGCAGGUACGUUGAUUAGCCUGUUGCCUCUUGAGACUGACAAGCCAUAAAAUGGCCACUGGACAGUGAUGGUUGUAUUAAACUAGCCCCGGUCAUUCUGCCAGAGUGCAUUUGGUAGGCUAGGAUUUGGGAGCUCUGGGCAAACUGUGUGGUAGUGGUUAAGGACUGGAAUCUGUAUAGUCCACUUGCAGGAUAUGGCAGUGGAAGAACACAGUUACAAAUACUAAAUAUGCUUCUCAUACAUGCACAAAUACACUCUAUAUUAUAGAGUGUCCUGACUUGUCGGCAUUUUGCUAUCUCCAAAGGCCUUACUUUUGUUUGUUACCUUUACCCAUCAAGCUUGUAGAUGAAUCACUCUCCUGACCUCAUGAAACAUCAAUAGUACUCUUUUAGGAAUUUGAUGCAUGGGAAAUAGACAAGCAAAACUGUCUCUGUUCAGAUUUAGCUUCUUGUACUGAGAAUGUCAGUACUUCCUUGUAAGCUUCAUUCAGCUCCUCAAAGAGAUCUCCUUCCUAAAUUCCUGGAUUUCAGUUCUUAAGUGCCUGGAAGACAAUGAACUGACAGCAAUAUUACUUUGCAUCGUAUUUUCAGAGAACAGAAACCUCCUGGAUUACCAUAUCUGCUGAUAGCCGUUAAGUUUUUCCAAGUACAACACGAAUGUUUUGACAGCACUAGAUGGAAGCUCACCCUCAUGAUCAUUUCUUCUGAUUUUCCCCUCGGUAACUAGGUAGCCUUGUUUGUUUUAACUGUGUGGAGCUUUCCUUUUUCUGAGGGAGGCAGAGCAGGGCUUUUCUUUUCAUGUACAUCUGUAGAAGUGCCCAAGAACAAAAGCUUCUAGAUUCUGUCCACUGUAAGGACAAGGAGCAAACCUGGCCCCAGUUCCUCUGGUCUCUGAGGUGCCAUGGCGAGUCCUGUAGUGCACAAAGUGUAUGCCCCAGAUUCACCCCCAGCCCUGAUCUCCUUCCUCACCCCAUCUCCCCAUCCUUUGAUUUCUGCCCUAUAUUCUUCCCUGCCAGUUCCCUAGUUGGUGAUGCAACUGCUCUUGCUACCACUGUUGUCCAUCCCAUCCUGCCUUUUGAAAAGAAACAGGGUGGGAAUGGAGUGGCCGGAAGUUACUUCAACACUUUCUGCUGCUCUGCACCGCCGUCUGCUGAAAAGGCGGGUGGGGGGCGAAGGUGCUACUAGCUGGUGCUUGUGCACUGCCACCAGGUUAGACUUGGGCAGCGAUGGGCCAAGUGAGGUAGCUGGAGAUGACAGGCUGAUGGAGGCAACUGGCAGGCAACUCCUUUCCUGAGGCAGCUGCCUCACUCAGCCUCAUUGCUGGGCUUCCCCUAGCAAGGACCAAAUGGGUGUUACACAGCUGAUGUUUGUAAACAUCUUGGAAAUAAGGAAACGGCUGCUAAAUUACAUGUCUUGCUUCCUCUCUUUCACAUCCAGUUUUGACUUCAAUUAUUUCCUGUGAUGUGCAAAACAACACCCCAAAUAAAUUAGAGUUGAAUGAAUCACAAGAAGGAGAACUUGCCUUAGGGCUGCAGUGGUGCUUCCUAGCUAACUGCUGAGGAUGUUAGACCUGGCCAUAUCAUGGGACUAUCUUAUGUUGUACAUAUGUGGUCCCAUGUGUGGUGUUACAUGCUCCAUGUAUGUUACAGAAGGAAUUGUUGAAUACUCCUAUAUGGAGAGUACUUCUGUAUAGCUGAAAGUCUCAUGUGGUGAUUUCACACACUUAUUCAGCUGCCGAUACACACUUUGAGAAGCCAUUGCCAAUUGUACUUCCCAGUGCAGGUACAUGCAACAAAAUACGCACAAGUAUAUGGCAGCAUGUGAUCUACAUGUGCAUUGUGUACGAAAGUGCUCUCCAAGUAGGAAAAGCAGUGUGUGUGAAGGGAUUUAUGUCCUUUUUGAAGAGGAAUAAAGCAUAUGCAUGAAGCCUUUAUUAUGAGCCCUGCCCAUAGUGGAUACGUGGUACUUCUUCAUGUAGUACUCUCCUUGCUCAUCAAAUUAGAAAAAAUGGGAAGAAUGGAGGGGUUGUAGUGACCCGAGUGUGCAAAAUAAGUAAAGUAACAUUUCUUUACUACAGAGAGCUUAAAACUAGACUUUAGUUUGAAUGCUACUGAAGAAAGGCAGAAGUUUGAAGAUUCAGGAGGAACGCCUUGAAAUAGGACAGCUUUCUUCACAAUACAAGGUUUUUGCAACUGUUUUUGUAUUAAGAUCAACCUUGGAGACCCAUAUUUCUAAACAGAUUGAACAGCCACUGGGUUCUCAGGUACAAGGUGACAGGGGAACCCAAGAUACCUUGGAUCUAGGCCCCAGCCAGAUCACAUCAUAAGGUAUUUUUACAAUUGCUUCAUAGUGAGAAAUAAGGACCUGGUUUGAUCUGUCUUGAACAUUUUCUAAAUAGAAACCUGAAAAGGCAAGAACCCGAAUCUGUUUGUAAGCUCAGAGAAGGAAGGGUUGGGUAACCAAAAGGGGAAGCUGAACCUUUAAUCUAAUAGUAAAGAAUAUUUCUUGCCUCUGUUUCUCCUGUAGGGGAAUCAAAACACCUCAUAUUUAUGGUAAAUAUAGUUAUUAAAAGGUGAACAGAUCAAGUUGGCUUCUUUGCCUUUUUGUAAUUUGUUCAGCUGGUCUAAUAACUGAACUAAUCCAGCUGAGCGAAUAUAAGCCUGGAAAUGGUUCCAUGUUCUCUUGCAUUGCUAUCAUAUCAAAGUGGUGUAGUAAUGAAGUACUUAUAAAGCUUGCCAACACAGUUUGCAAAACCAAAAACAAAAUAUGUAAACAGUUGUGGGUGGGAACAUUUUAAUUCAAGUUGUAACACUUGUAUUUUUUAAUCAAAUAAAAAUAGUUUUGAUACACCUA